AUGGUCUUCACGAUUGUUGUCAACCUCGUCCUCGGCUGGCACUCCAUGCAGAACACGAGCGACCCGCGCAAGUGGACCAUCGUCGAGCGCUACGACCAGGAGAGCAGCGUGGCAAAGCACCGCGAACACGCGGACUACAAGACGCUCGCGGACGCCUUGGUGGCGCUACUGGAGAAGGGCCAGGAGAGCCUGGACGUGCACCAGUUCCAGGAGCUGUAG